CAGGGUCGAAGCUUCCUCAUUGAUGCAUCGCGAACUUGCGAACUUGUUCCAUGCCAAGUGAAUUCUGAUCACCUCGUCGCUCUGCCAUCUCCGGGCGCGCCGUCAUGGCAUCGCUGCUGGGCUCACGCGUGACCAGAGCACAGUUCCUGCAGCUGCCGCCCGCCAUACGAGCAUCCAUCUUCGCCCACGCUUCCCCGCGGCGAACCUUCGCCUCGACUGCUCCACGACAGAGCACCGCCGUAGACAUCGUCACCGCCGUUCCCUCAGCCAUCCUCGACAGCAUCCACGGACUGGGCUUGUCAUGGUGCUAUGCCAUUCCGGUUGCAGCCGUGCUGGUGCGAUGCAGCGUCGGCUACUUUUUGGGGGCUAGGCCUGCCCGCAAAGCAGCCAUUAUCCGGUCAUACCUAAGGCCUCUCAUUGUCAAUUCUGCGCUUCAGAGGACCAACAAGGAUACCUACAAGGCCGUACUUGAGGCCGAAAGUAGGGGGGAGGUGGUGACUAAGGAUCAUAUCCGCAGUAGAUAUCGUCUACAGGGUUGGCUGAACGGAAUACUUGAGACUCAGAGGAUAGGCAAAAAGUUCAAUGCGCCUCUGUUACGGCCCUCGAGCUUCAUUAACUUCGGUCUGCUGAUUGCCUUCAGCGAGACCAUACGUAUCAAGUGCGGGCACAAGGAAGGGCUGCUAAGCAUGAUGCUGCGUCCUUUGGAAUGGUUAGCUGCUGAUCCCAAAAAGGGCCCACCAGAGCCGAUGUUGAGCUACGAAGAGGCCAUGGCACAGAGAAUGGAACAAGCACAAGUAGCGGCGGAAGCUCAGGCACGAAUGUUCGCGGAGAACCAUCUGCCAUUGGAUCCUAAGCUCACGGACCCAGCGUACCACUUUGAGAUGCUGGGCAAGGUCUCCAAAAUCUACGCCGACAACCUCGACCCAACCAUGAUCGUCGAGGGCUUUUCAUGGGCACAGAACUUGGCCAUGCCAGACUCAACAUUCAUACUACCCACUCUGUUGGGCUUCACGAUCCUCAGUAAUGUCUUCUUGCGCAAUGGCCAAUCGCACACAGUCGCGAAGCCCGCAUCCCGCAAAGUCGAUACCAAGGAAGAGGAAACCCCGACAUCAGUAUCCUCUUCACCGGCUCUCGACACCACCAGGAGUCCUACUCUCCAAUCUACUGCAAGCGCUGGUGAUCCGGAACAGGAACUGCAGCGCGACCUGCAAACUCGCCAAAUUAACGCUGCAUUCGCAGCUGCCGAGAAGCUUCGCGCAGAAACCAAACAGCGAAAGGAACUAGGCACCAUCUUCGUAAACUGGACCAUGAAAGAGCGAUUUGGGCUCUUCAUGGCAGGCGUGUUCUUCUUCAUGGGUACCACAAUUCCGACUGGAAUUUUGUUAUACCUGGUUCCUAGUGUCAUCAUGGGACAAGUGCACUCGAGAUGGCUGGAUAUGAAGUAUCCCGUGCCGACUGCUGUUGAGCCAUGUCGGAGGCCGAUGAGGAUCAAGGUCAGGCGCCCGGGGUUGUGAAGUUUGAAGUAAGUGGACAGGUUACAAGAAGAACCGGAAAGAGACAGCUCCCUACUAGGUUGAAAGCUCCUGCGUGACUGGCCGCAGAAACAUGGUGCCCGGUAUAAGAGGAGCUACUCCUUGGCGCCAACGAUGCAAUCGCGACAUAAGACUCUGUGCAACAGGCAUUUGCUACAACAAGGAGUAAGGUUACUCCCUUGCACACCCACUCGCUAGCUGCACUUAGGAACUUCCUUCCUAGACUUCCGUCUACCGCUCGCACCUUUCAGCAGUGCGGCCCUGUUGAUAACAGCGACCUAGAAGAGAUGGGAAUCCUACGCGAGGACGACUAGUUCUUAGAGGAAAACUUGUUAUCUAAUGCUGCAACCGUCGAAGAAGAAAGUCCGCUCGCAAAGCAUAACAGUACUCUGCAUAUACCGUCUCUAUUUGUGAUCGCAGAAGGCACUCCAGUGGACGCUGGUUUACAUUCAGGCGCGUCAUGGGUCUCACGCGAGGCACGCGAAUUUGCAGUCACCAAGGAUUUCCUCUGCCUUAGUAAAGUCGA